AUGGAUGAACGCUAUUGCUCGGACUGUGGAAGAGUGACAGAAAUAUAUGUAGGGGCAACAGAAGCCGUGUGCACAACAUGCGGCCUAGUAGUGGACGAAGAUAACAUUGAUAACACACAAGAUGUUCGAAUCUUCGACGACAACAAAGAUGCCCAGAGAGUAGAAAAGAAUCAGAAUUUCUUCAACCUGGAAAACAAUGAACUCACCUCAACUGUUAUAAGCGGCACUGGGAAAGGAGCACAAAGUUUGGUCCGCACCCAAAUGAAGCAGAACACAAAUGACAAGGAAAACAAAUUUUCAGAUCUCCAAAUGAUGACCCAAUGGGCUUCCCUUCUAGAGUUAACCGACCCAGUUGUUCAACGCGCAGGGCGAAUUUAUAGUUACUUCUUAGAAUCCGGUUCAGUUCGCAGACUCAGUGAUACUAAAAUCAAGGCUUUGCUUGUCUCUUCUCUUUACCAUGCUGGCAAGCAGCUUGGACAAUAUAAAACCAUGGCAGAAUGGGUAACAGUUUCUGAACUAACGCAGCAUCAGAUUUAUGAAGCGGGAACAAUACUUAAACCUCAUAUAGAAAGAGACGUGCCGAAUAAUUGUGGUGGUGAUGAGCAGAAUAGAAACCCUAAUUGGCUGGUUUCCAACUGUGUGCUCAAACAGGGCAGUCAGGUUGUCAAGGCAUUUGUUUCUAAGCUCUGUCAUAUAUUGAAAUUUGAUUUUAGGCAGCGUAUAACUGCAGAGGAAAUGGCAGUCGAGGUUGUGAAAUCUUGCAAUAUAAGGAGGAAACCGGCGUCCACAGCUGCUGCUAUUGUUUGGGUUUGUUCGCUUCUCUUUGAUCGGAAGGAUUGUGUGAAUGUGAUUGUGAAGAAUUCUGUUAGCAAAAAGGUUAUAGCUGCCACAUAUAAAGAGUUACUGCCAGAUCUUGAAAGGUUGGUGCCUACAGAAAAGUUUGGUGAGCCCAGCGAUUGGCGAAAAAAGCUUAGAGCUCCAUAG